AAAUCACACGCUGAUCUUGAUGAUGCGAACCGUGCCUGCAGUCACACCCUUUCCUCUCUCCUAAGCCUCGUCGUUUCUCCACCUAGGGUUUGUUUGUUUGUUUCUUUCUUUCUUUCUUUCUUUGGUUGCCCCCCAAAGUUGCUGCUCGUCGCUCUCUCUCUCCGAUCUUGGAAAUCAGAAUUCCGCAGCCGGCGUUCUCCAGUCCCACUACCUCCAGGCGAUUGGGGUUUGUCUUAGCGCUUCCGCUAUCCCUUCGAGGGACAUGGAAAGUUCCCGCAGAUCCGUCAUGGACCGCUCCCGUGAACUGGGCUUGAAGCGCGCACGAUUGGCGGUGGAUGAUGCAGGGGAUCGCGAUCGAAUCUCCCUCAACCGUGACAGGUCGCUCCCCCCUUCCAGAGCCAACGGCCAGCCUUGGGACCCGAGGCCACCUCGUCCCGGCGAACGGGAAGACAGGGACGACGCCCCGAGAGCCGGAUCGCAUCGAGAGCUUGUAGCGCAGUACAAGACAGCUCUUGCUGAGCUUAUAUUUAAUUCCAAACCUAUUAUCACUAAUCUUACUAUUAUCGCGGGAGAGAGUCUCCAUGCUGCAAAGGAAAUUGCAGCUGUCAUCUGUACCAAUGUCCUCGAGGUACCCUGUGAACAAAAGUUGCCAUCCCUGUAUCUUUUAGACAGUAUUGUGAAGAAUAUUGGAAGAGAUUAUAUUAAAUAUUUUGCUGCGAGACUUCCUGAGGUAUUUUGCAAGGUCUAUAAGCAGGUUGAAUCUUCUAUUCAUCCCAGUAUGAGACAUCUGUUUGGGACAUGGAAAGGAGUUUUCCCCCUUGCUACGCUUCAGGUCAUUGAAAAAGAACUGGGCUUCUCACCAGUCAUUAAUGGUUCAUCUGGAUCUGCAUCAUCAAAACCCGAUUCCCAAUUUCAACGUCCAGCACACAGCAUUCAUGUGAAUCCAAAAUAUUUAGAAGCUAGGCAGAGACUUCAACAAUCAUCGAGGGCAAAGGACGUAAACAAUGAUGAACUCAGUGGUGUGCCUAGUACUUUUGGUGACACACAUAAAUCUGACAGAAACCCGGUACUGGAUAAUUCAAGGCAAUGGACAAGUCUUCCUAGUAAGAAUAUGGAACGUCCACAGCAGGAAAGGGUCAACAGUGCUGCUCAUGGGACCAAAGUAAUUAAACUUGCUAGAGAUUAUGAAUAUUCCUCUGAUUUUCCUCAAGCACCUGACCUUGGAAUUGGAAGAUUGAGUGGCAGACUUAAAGAUCAUGAUGGGCAUGACAGAUUGUUUUAUGGUGCUGGUGUAGCUGCUACAGAAGUACAACAUACUAGGAGGAAUGAAUUUGAUGUUAAACAGUCUUAUGGAGUCAGUCAUGUGUUAGGAUCUAAACAACCUAGUAUCCGGUUAAGUUCACUUGACUCAGGUGGCAUGGAAAGAAAGAAGUUGGAAGCAACUGGGUGCUGGAAGAAUGCUGAGGAAGAAGAGUUCGUAUGGGAUGAUAUAAAAACUAGAAUGGAUCUUGGAGGUACUAACAGUUCAGUAAUGGGUGGGCGGAGUACUGGUGAAACUAAGAAGUUGACAAAUUUGCAAAGGGGGAAGUGGCCUUCUCUGGAAACAGACCACGUAGAAUCAAACUCGAACAAAGUAAAUGCUUCUCAAUAUAACACUUCUAAAGGAGGCAAUCGGCUGCCAUCUUAUGAGGAAUCUGUGAAGCAUGUUCGUCCACCAGGUGCUGAGCAUGAAAUUGAUUCAGGAUUAAAUAUGGACACUUCAGAUUUAUUAUUAAAUCAACGAACUUCGCCACAACAUUCCUCAUCCUUAUGGCUGCGCAAUGAGCUUACGCCAGCAGAUGCUGGAUUAAAUUACAAAAGAUCGAAAGGUGAUCAAGUGGAGGGACACUUAGGCACUUCUGGUGGGGGCUUGCCUACAAGCAUUAAUUCGGCAUUGCCCCUGCAUGGGGUUCGGCCUUCGGCGUUAUCUUCAAGUUUAAACACUCGUGCCAAUCUUCCAGUGCCUGUUGGAUCUAUUAGCAAACAAAGGCAUCAACCUUCUGAACAUCCAUCACCAUAUUCUUAUUUACCUCCAUCUUCAGAACCCAUUCAACAACUGAAGCCACUUAAUGCAGUUGAUCAAAAUCAUCUACGGGCUCUUCCAUUCACUCAAAUGAGUGAAAAGUCUUUACAAAUGGAAGGAAAAAUGAAUAAAAUACAUGUACCGGGGUCUUUAGAUGCCUCGUCAGCUAAAAAUCAUGCUCAACCAUUUGUUAGUUUAUCAAAUUCAGCACGAUCUCUGUCAGAGACUUCUCAGCAGCUGGAAGGUUCACUUGAUUCUGCUACUUCUGCAUCCUUUAAUCAGCCACAUGAUCAUCUUCGUUUCCUAGAGCAGUCAAAGCAUAAUCUAUCUAAACAGCAGCCAGAAGCUCAGCCUCUGAGUAAAGCACAAUAUCAACCUUCUCAUCAGAUGGAGAAACUGCCACCUCUUUCAUUAGGUCAUGAAGCAGCUCAUACUGGAACAGAGACUAGUUUAAAUCAUUCCAAUACUUCCACUGCAGAAGCCCUAGGACAGCCUAGUGCCAGCAGUCUAUUGGCUGCUAUUAUGAACAGUGGCCUUCUUUCCAAUAAUUCACUUACCACCUUUCCUAAGUUAAAUGUAGAGCCUCCUUUGCCAAUUGGUCCUCCUCCUAUCCAAAUUUCAACAUUAGCUCCUUUGAGCACUUCCUCAUCAUCCUCUCUUAGUGAUAAUCUAUCAAAUCUAAACUCAUCCCAUUUUGGAGAAACAAUGCCUCCUUUACCACCUGGACCUCCACCUUCAUCAUCCUUGGCUGGAAUGAACUCAGAGAACCCUGAGACAUCUGGGCACAGUUUAAACCCUCUUUCAAGUCUUUUGAGUUCAUUAGUUGCAAAAGGUUUAAUAUCUUCAAGAUCAACUGAGCUACCUUCUGCCUCUGCUGCUGAGCUUGCUAACAAGGUUGGUCAUCAGUGUGUUGGCUCUGCUAACAAUAGUACUGAGCAAAUAAAUUCUAGUACCUCAGUUGUUCCCAGCAUUGUAUCACAAUCCAAUGCGAUUAAUGAGAAUGAAAUUUUAGGCAUCGAGUUCAAACAAGAAAUCUUACGCCAACCUUAUCCUUCAGUUAUCAGAAGCCUUUUUGUCGAUCUAAAGUAUCAAUGCUGCAUCUGUGGGACAAGAUUCAGAUUUCAAGAGCAACUUAAAGGCCAUCUAGAUUGGCAUGUCUCAAAGGAGUCUGAAAUUAGUGAUUUAAGACAAAAGUCUAGAAAAUGGUUUUUGGAUAUGAACUCCAGUCAUACUGCAGUUCUACCAUCUGCUGCAACAGCAUUACUGGAUGAAAUGGAUCCAUGCGAAGAGGAUUGUGGUUCAAUGGUUCCUGCAGAUGAGAGCCAAAGUAUAUGUGCAUUAUGUGGAGAACCAUUUGAAGAUUUUUACUCUGAAGUACGUGAUGAAUGGAUGUACAAAGGGACUACAUACUUGGAUCAACCCUACAUGCAAGAUGAUGCAAGUAAAGUUGAUGACACUGCUGGCCAGCUUAUUGUGCACGCCGGCUGUAUCGCACAGAGGUCUUGCGACAACAUGGAUAUCACUGAGCAUGAUAAAGUGGAACAACUAUAAUCACCAAUUGAUCUAAUUUGAAGCGAGGUUAUUAUGCUUGAUUUUGCUUGGACAGAUGCAGAGUUUACAAAGGUUUACUAGCUUUGCAUCAUUUCUAUCCACUAGAAGCAAAAUGGCUCAGGUGUGUAUGAUAUCAUGCUUGUACUUUGUGCAUGAAAUAUUAUAAAUUAAUGUUUCCUUUGAUCCAGUAUAUUGUCUUAGCAUAAACAUUUUGAAGAAAAUGGAUAAGCAAAUAGAGCAUACUUAUCUACUCUUUUGUCUUGUCUCCUUGAUGGCGUGUUAUGCUUUUGAUUCAAGCAUCAGGAGUGAACAAUUAUGAGCACUUCCACAGGUUUACCGUUUUCCUCUUUAUGUGGCUACAUUUUGAAUCAUGUUGGUUCUACUCUUCCUGCUUGAAAUAUUGUCACACUUUGUAUGGAUGCAUAAUAUUUUCUUAUUCACCACUGCUCGGAUUGUCUCAAACACCAGCUCUCCUUGUUGGUUGAUGAUAUUGAUUGCGUUUGGUGCCAGACUGGUCCUAUUCAGUGGAUUUUGUUAUUGCCCAUUGAUGGAGUCAGUUUUGAUUGUUAAACUUGUUGACUCGACAAAUGUGCCAUUAGUCAUUAUGAGAAGUGCUGACUCCGGAUUGUCCUCAUAUUUGAAGUUUUGGAAUUUCAGUAAAGAUUGUUUUGUCCAUGUAAGUUAGAAACUUUUUUCUUGUCAUGCAGAUCGAAUAAAAAAAUGAUGGCUUUGUUUGUUCUUUA